CCCUUACUACGAAGAAUAUUUAAGGACACACACACCUGACUAAAGUAACAGGGAAGAACUGGGAAACACUUGGUAACAAUGAUGUGGAGGAGCAGAGCUGUCUGCAGGACCACUGUUUGCCUGAAGCUGCUUUGUGUUGCUCUGAUUGUCACUGGGGUUGUAUUCACCACAUUACAAAUUCUGGAAGUCAGUAAAAAGAAGAGGAGGAGUGAGCAAUGGAAUCCCGUCAUGACUCCGUAUGUGUCCAUUCUGCACCCUACAACUGCAAGCAGGGGAGAGCAUCAGAAUAGUGAGAAUAAAGACAGAGGGUCCAGCUCCUGUAGGGCCCACACCAACAUCUUUUUCCUAAAAACCCACAAGACCGCCAGCAGCACCAUCAUGAACAUACUGUUCCGCUAUGGAGAAUUUCAUAACCUGACAUUCGCCUUGCCCUCAAAAACGAACUCACAGUUCUUCUACCCAAAAUAUUUCACUGCCGCUUUUGUGGAUGGAUUCUCAGCACACAACAACAAUACUUAUCAGAUUAUGUGUCAUCACAUGAGAUUCCUACUUACUGAGGUGGAAAAGGUGAUGCCCAGUAAUUCAUUUUAUUUCACCAUUUUACGGAAUCCAGUGUCUCUCAUGGAAUCGUCUUUCUCCUAUUACAAAGCCACUUCCUCCUUCAUUAGAGCCAAAAGCCUGGAAGACUUCCUCAACAAAACAUCCAAUUAUUACAAAGGCAACAGCCAUGCCAGGAAUAUUAUGACUUUUGACCUGGGCUUCGAUCACAAUGGGAAAGAAUCCCCAAAGCACUUCCAGUUGGCUGGGAGAAUGGUGGAAGCCACAUAUGACCUCGUAUUGAUCACUGAGUACUUUGAUGAGUCUUUGGUGCUGCUUAAAGACGCCCUGUGCUGGACAUUUGAUGACGUGCUUUCGUUUCCCCUAAACACAAGGACUAACAGCACUAAACUCGCUAUGUCUCAAGACACACAAGAAAAGAUAAAGAUCUGGAACCAGCUGGACUGGCAGUUGUAUGUUUACUUCAACAAUUCCUUCUGGGAUCGAGUGGAGAAGUUUGGAAAGGAACGGAUGCAGCGUGAGGUUGAAGAGCUUCGGAAAAGAAGAGCACAAGUUGCUAAAUUAUGUUUGAAGGAUACAGUAGAGGUAAACAAAAUCCAAGACAAGUUUUUAAUCCCAUACCAGUCUGGCAAAGCAAAGAUUCUCGGUUAUAACCUGAACCCUGGCUUAGGAAAGGCCGAGCAACUCCUGUGCCAGCGAAUGGUGACCCCGGAAUUACAGUACACAAAUUUAUUACGGGCCAAGCAGAGAAAGUCUAAAUUCAGUUCCAUAAACUCAAUGAUAAUUCAAGUUAGAAGGCAAAAGUAAAUUAUUUUAACCAGAGUAUGUGGCUUAUGACCAUAUCCUUCCAAAAGAACUGUCCAAUAAGAGAAGUGCAGUGCACAGAGUCUGCUGAACCUUUCAGUAAUAUGGAGGACUCCUUGUUCCACUGCUGGUUGUAGGGAAGGGCCUCAGAAUCAGGCUAGAAAUACUAGUUGGACAUAUUUCCCUGGCUAACAAUUGUUAAAGGGAUUCUGUCAUGAUUUUUAUUUCUAAAUCACACUGUUUACACUGCAAAUAAUUCACUCUACAA